AUGGUGCUGGCCGUUCUGGCUCUUGCCCUGCUUUUCGCAAGCACCGCAGAGGCCCAGAAUCUGGCCCUUGACGUUAUCUCAGUCUCCGAUACACAUGGGUGGAUUUAUGGCCACAGACACCAGAAGGAGCUAGGAGACUACGGAACCCUUGUGUCUUACAUCGAACGCACCAGGGACGAGGCAGCCAAGGAUCCUGCGCGUGCCGUGCUGGCCAUAGAUGGCGGCGACCUCAUUGAAGGUACGGGCCUCAGCGACGCAACGCCCAUUAAAGGCAUGUACAUAUACCAAGCCGCCAGUGAGGUAGGCUUCGACCUCAUAACAGUCGGCAAUCACGAUCUGGGGUCAGAAUCCAGUACCGCAUACAUCCAUGAGAAGAUUGAUGACAUGUUCGGGGACGCCUAUGUCUCAACUAAUACCUUCAUGAACGCAGACAAUUCUCCAUUGGUGAAGAACCGCUACAAGCACAUGACACUGAAGAAUGGGCUCAACGUCCUUAUGUUCGGGUUUCUGUAUCGCAGUAGCUACGUAUCAUCGUACGUUGAGCGAGCCAGUGAUAUCAUCAAGACCGCUGAGAUUCAGGCGAUCCUGGACAAGUACUUUGACAAGACAGACGUCCUCGUGGUGGCCAAUCACAUGAGCUAUUCAGAUGGUGAGCUGGAGAACAUCGUGAAUGCAUUUCGCUCAUACUAUGGCGGAAGGGGAUAUACUAUUCCAAUAAUUCUUAUCGCUGCACACAGCCAUCGCUUAUAUAACGACGCCUGUGCAUUUGACCAGACCGGCCAGUGCUUUAUUGUGGAGGCCGAGUGCUACUUAAAGCGCAUUCAGCACAUCAAGUAUAGCUUCACCCCCAUACAAUACAUGGAUACGAAAACUAGGGCUACAAGAACAGGCUAUCAGAUGGCCGUCCCACCCACUGUCCUUACUCCUUCAAAGAACAUACCAAAAACAAUGGCAGACAGAUUUGGCUUAGCCGUGGAUCAAUUUGACACACCAAAGGCAAUAGCCCUACGGGAAAAGAUACAUGGCUGGGUUGACAGCCUCGACCUUAACCGUGUGCUCGGCUGCAGCAACUAUUUAUACUCCAAGUCUGUUGGGAUGGAGUCCCCGACGUCUGUGUUCAAUAUUUGGCUCAAUGCUGUCGUUCCAGCAGAGAUUUAUAAUGAUGACCGCCUGUCUAAGUGCACGCAGUUUCCAGUGACAGGGAGCUCGUCCGUCAGAGACUCCAUCUACAAAGGAGAGUUCGUCGUCGACGACUCCUAUAACGUGAUGCCCUUUAAGAAUUCAUUUGUGUAUAUCGCAAAUCUCACCGCAGAAGAGGUGGCCUGUGCAUUUUCCGGUUCCAUCCUGACAUACACCGAAGAGGAACAGCUACAGAACAUUUACACUUACGAGGCUGCUCGCGCCAGCAUCCCGCGUUAUGUUACCCCGAUGGAUCCCUCGUCUCUCCCAUCUGACAGUUGCUAUGACUUAAUUCUCACUUCGUACGAUGCUGACAAGUUUGCAGGCCGUUUUAGAAAGGGAGGGAGCUGCUAUAGUAUGGUUGACCCAUCUAAAUCGUAUCUUGCGGUGGACUACCCUACUCAGCCGAGGCCAAAUGUUACAACAGAGGAGCUACUUCCAGACUUCUUUUCCAAAUAUAUGCCCUGCUAUACAUCCCAAUCUGUCGAUGGGGUAUCAGGCCAAGAAGCUGCUACAACCAGGAGCACCAUGCGCAUCGUAUUCUUCUCUCUCAGCUUCAUAGUACUUGCUGCAGUUGUUGCUGCACUAAUUGGACUUAUUCUCUUCUGCUGCCGCAGAAAGUCAUGA